AUGUAUCUAAAUCAACUGGACGUCCUAGCUAUGUUACUUGCAGCUGUGGUGUGCCUCAUAUGUGUUCUUCAACAUCGCUACUCGAAGCGCAGGUUACUCCCACCGGGCCCACGUGGACUUCCCCUGGUUGGUAACAUACUUCAGAUUCCUCUUGAGAACCAAUUCAAGACUUUCACGGAAUGGGGAAAGACAUACGGCGAUUUGGUGUAUGCUUCGCUGUUCCAGCAGCCACUUAUAAUAGUAAACUCUGUACGAGCUGCACAACACCUCAUGGAGAAGAGAGGUGCUAUAUACUCUGAUCGCCCGAGGUUUGUGCUACUGGAUGAUAUAUUCGGGUUGAGACCAGUUACAUCAUUGCUCCCAUUUGGGGAUGCUUGGCGGCAGCAAAGACGGUGGCUUCAGGAUGUAUUGCAGACACACAAUACAAUCCAUGGCUAUCGCUCGUUACAAAGGAGUGGAGUAACCAAACUAGUCGCUCGCUUGACGACCUCGCCGGAAUUAUUCUUUACCCAUAUUGGAGGAUAUGCCACCGACUUCAGCUUGAAAGUGGCAUAUGGGUUGGAUGAGCUGUUUGCAGAAGCAUUCAUCGGUCUAGCAAAAGAAUGUAUGGAGGCUAUCUUCCAAUCUGGGAGUCUUGUUGCGACACUCGUUGACUUCCUUCCAUUCUUACGAUACAUGCCCAGCUGGAUGCCCGGCAGUGGAUUCAAUCGUCAUGCCUCAAAUAUAAGACUCAAGGCUCGUCAACUGAUGAAUCUACCGUUCAACACUGUCCGUGGAAACAUGAAUUCAGGAACGUACGAGCGGUCUUUCACAUCCACUGUGAUUGAAGACAGAUUCAAGGGCCAGAUGACUGCGCAAGAAGAGGACAAUGUCAAAGGAGCUGCCUGGACUAUUUGGAUUGCUGGUGCGGAGACGAGUUCGCUCGUGCUUUUGACCUUCAUCUUAGCGAUGGUUUUACAUCCUGAGGUGCUCGUGAAAGCUCAGAAGGAGAUUGAUUCCAUUACUGGUGGCGAGCGGCUGCCAGAGCUUGAGGACAGGGAAAACAUGCCGUAUCUACAACACGUUAUCAUGGAGGUGUACAGAUGGAAUCCGCCAUUUCCUUUGGGCAAGUCGCUGAUUUGCAUAUCCCAUCGUCUCAUGCAAGAUGACAUUUACGAAGAUUAUUUCAUUCCUGAGGGGUCGACGGUUAUACCAAAUACCUGGGCCAUGUCGCGCGAUCCGUCGGUAUAUUAUGAUCCAGAUGUGUUCCGUCCCGAGCGCUAUGAGGAAAUGGAUGCCGAUGCAGUCAAGGCCGCAGACCCAAGGAGAUAUGUUUUCGGCUUUGGUCGCCGCAUUUGUUCUGGAAAGACUCUCGCAGAUGCCAAUUUUUGGCUCGGAGCAGCAAGUAUCUUAGCCACUAUGGACAUAGGGAAGGCUAUGGAUGCUAAUGGGAAUGAGAUCGAGCCCGCCGUAUCAUUCAUAUCUGCGUUCACGAGUUUUCCCCGACCUUUUGUCUGCAGUAUCCGUCCACGCUCCAUGCUUGCCGCAAGAAUUGUCGCUGAGCUGGACGCGUCCGAGCUGCAUGCCUAG